CCUCCCCAAGUGCCGAAGUUUCGAGCACUAUCCCGUGACAUUCCCCUCCUGCAUCGAACCCUGUCUCGACUAAGGACUUCUCGACCUUGAUUGCUUCUUAAGUUUGCCUAGCCUCUUCUGACUUCUCCUAUCAUCUGUCAUGUUAGACGUCGGACCGGAAGACCGGGUGUUACCGAGCUAUUUUCUGGCUGACUGUUACUAGCUGAAACCUUAGAACGAGGAGUAUCUUUGCAUCGUGGUCCGGAAUAGCUUCCUGUUGGACCUUGUGCUGGAUGCCUUGGUACACCCCGAGGUCCAAUGCCUGAGCGAACGAGAAGCAUAAGUCCGCCUUGACCUCCUGCUCGAGUCGUCUAACUAUCGUCUCCUGUCCAACAACCCUUCUAUGCUGUCCCUCCCAACCCUCAUCUCGUCUCGACAAUAUCAGCUUCGCCUCACAUCGGAUAGUCACCGAUAAAUCCAAUCACGACCUCGACGAGACGACUCUGCUUCUCGUUGGGCCGCUCCGGGUUACACAGAAAAACGUCUCGGUGUACGGACGACGGAGUAAGUCCACAAUUAUAUCCAUUACCAUAUCGAGAUAGAGUAUCCGUUGGCAGCUCGGCCCGUACUGCAUUAGUGCCCGGAUUCAGGAGAUGAGCUGUUUGACUACUUGAGGCCUUCCGCACAUGCGUCCUAUAGGCUACGGACUCUCACCGACCGGCCUACAGAAUAGAGACGUUGCAUUAGUGCCCGAAGCACAAGCUGCUUAUAAGAGGCGAACACAAAAAAAGGUUCACUAUCGCGGGGCUUUGGAAACAAGACUAGAUCUACUGUCUGAACUCCCUUACACUAUUUAGUUGUAUGCAAAAGCACGACUCCAUAAUAGAGGGACCAAGAGAAAGCAAUGUCUCCUUCCAAAACUCAUCAUAUCGAGCCAUGGAAACUCACAGCUUCUGAAGCUCUUGGGAAGAUCCAGGCGGAUGAGCUUUCAGUUCAAGAGUAUGCCGAAUCUUUGCUUGAAAGGAUCAAGGCUCGCGAUGAAGACGUCAAAGCUUGGGCAUACUUGGACGAGAAGAGGGUCAUGCAGGAAGCAAGACUUCUAGAUGAGAUCCCUAAGAAAAAUAGAGGACCUCUCCAUGGACUUCCAAUCGCUGUGAAAGAUGUCAUUUACACAAAAGACAUGCCUACUCAGUUCAACUCGCCAUUAUAUGAUGGCCAUUUUCCCGAGACGGAUGCUGCUUCCGUACGGAUCCUUCGUCAUGCUGGUGCCCUCAUCUUCGGCAAAACAACUACGACCGAGUUUGCUGCUAUCCACGUCGGCCCCAAGACUCACAAUCCUCACGACCCUCUACGCACUCCGGGGGGAUCAUCCAGCGGCUCUGGAGCUGCCGUUGCCGAUUUCCAAGCCCCCAUGGCCCUUGGGACACAGACAGGUGGAUCUAUGAUUCGUCCUGCAUCUUUCAAUGGGAUUUAUGGGUUCAAACCAACCUGGAACUCCGUGUCUCGCGAAGGUCAGAAGAUAUAUGCUCUUAUGUAUGACACUCUUGGAUGGUAUGGGCGAUGUGUCGAAGAUCUGGUCCUUUUGGCCGACGUCUUUGCUCUUCAAGAUGACGAAGACGAAGAUCGCUCUUUUCAAGGCAUCACAGGGGCACGCUUCGCAAUCUGUAAGACGAGCAUCUGGCCCAUGGCUGGUCCUGGAACCCAAGACGCACUCGCCCGCGCUGCAGAUCUUCUCAGAUCCCAUGGCGCCCAAGUAGAGGAGCUUGAGCUUCCUUCGACUUUCGACGAUGUGCCAGAAUGGUAUCGUAUUGGUCUUCACACUGAGGGCCGUACCUCUUUCCUACCAGAAUAUAGAGUAGGAAAGGACCAGAUUGGCCAAGUCUUGAUUGAGCACGUUGAGAACUCUGACAAUUUCACUCGCAAGACGCAACUGAUGGCUAGUGACAGCUUGGCUGCCAUGAGGCCUGUCUUCGACUUCAUUGCCUCACAGUAUGCUGCUAUCAUCACGCCGAGUGUACCAGACGAGGCCCCUGUUGGUCUGGAGAGUACAGGAAGCCAUAUUUUCUGCGCCAUGUGGAGCGGCCUUCAUGUCCCAGUCCUGAAUGUGCCAGGCUUCAAAGGUGACCAUGACAUGCCCAUCGGCCUCUCCCUCGUCGCACCACGAUAUCGCGACCGUCACCUCUUGGAGGUUGGCAAGGCGGUUGGUCAAAUCUUCGAAGCUGAAGGCGGCUGGGAGACCAAGAUCGAAUAGGAAGAAGACUGUAAGAAUAAGCUGCACAGGAUCAAGAUUGAAAAUGGAAAACAGGACAUAGAAGCCCAUUGAGUGGCGCACGGACACUACAGGUAGAUUGAAUCAUACACAUGAUGCAUAUAGUUUGCAAUACUUCUAGAGUGGA